AAAAAAAGAUAAACAAAUUUUCUAAAGCCGGUAAAGAAUAAAUAAUGUUUAAUAAACAAUAAAAGUUUGAUUAUUAAACGAAGUAAACAUCUGUAGUUGUGAAAGUUAAAUGUCAAGACGAAAAAGAUAGAAAGUGUGAAGUUAUUCUACUAUUUAUAUUUAAAUCCGAAAAAUCUGCAUAAAUCAAUGGAGGUUCUAUCAAUUAAUAGUGGCGAUGAGGAUGAUGAACAAAAACUGUUAAAUUUUAAAUUAUUAUUUUUAAUAGUACGUAAAAAAGGACCACAACAUGAAAUAAAUCAAUUAAUUAAAAAUUGUCUAAAUGAUGGAACAAAUGUAAAUAUUAAAGAUGAGAAUGGUACGUCAGUUUUGGGUAUUGCAGUUGAAACAGGUAAUUUGGAGACAGUUAAAUUUUUAAUAGAGAAUAAUGCAAAUGUUAAUGCUGAAGAUAAUUGUGCUAAAUCUAUUUUGCACAUUGCGGCUGAAACAGGUAAUUUUGAGAUUGUUAAAUUUUUAAUAAAUAACAAUGCAAAUGUUAAUGCUACUACUGACGAUGGUAUCUCCAUUUUGCACUGUGCAGUUGAAUCUCGUAAAAUUGAGAUUAUUAAACUUUUAGUUGAGAACAAUGCAGAUGUUAAUGCAACAACAAUAGCUGCUAUUUCCAUUUUACAUUAUGCUGUUGAAUCUCGUAAUUUUGAAAUUGUUAAAUUUUUAAUAGAGCAUAAUGCAAAUGUUAAUGCUAAAUCUAUCGCUGCUGUCACUCCAUUGCAUCUUGCAAUUAAAUCUGGUAAUUUUGAAAUGAUUAAAUUUUUAAUAAAAAACAAUGCUGAUGUUAAUGCUAAAGAUAUUGAUUCAACAUCACCUUUGCAUUAUGCAAUUGAAUCGCGUAAUUUUGAAAUUGUUAAAUUAUUGGUUGAAAAUAAUGCAGAUGUUAAUGCUAAGGACAAUAAGGGUAGAUCUGUUUUACAUAUUACGGCGUCUGAAUAUUAUAAUUUUGAUAUUGUUAAAUUUUUAGUAGAAAACAAUGCUGAUGUUAAUUCUAAAGAUAUUCGUGAUAAAGCAGUUUUGUCCAUUGCAAGUGAAUGUCAUAAUUUGGAGAUGAUUGAUUUUUUAAUUGAGCAAGGUGCUAUUGAGAAUUGAAUGCUUAUAAAUAAUUAGUUAUAAUUUAAUUUUACCACGAGUACCUGUAUUUAAUUACCUCAUUUAUUUACGAACUAACCAGUUAAUAAAUUAAUUGUAAAUUUUA